CAAAAAAGUCAUGUCUGAUUGGUGUCUCUUCUUAACCUUAACUUGUGUGAACCUUGGUGAUUUUUGAUGAUUGAAUAAAGAUAUUUUAUGUGUCUAAAAUGGGCGGAUCUCAAAGUACACGUAAAAUAGGAAUAGAUAACGAUGACACCGCGGGUUUAAUUAGAGUUUCCGAAAACGUCGCUCAACGGUUGAAGAAUAUGAAUAAUUUCAGAGAUGGUGAAAACGCUAGUAGUACUAACUUCUCAAAUCCACAACCAGUAUCGCCUUCACCUGUCAGUGGUCCAAUCGUAAGCCAGCAGCCUUCCAGUGGUUUUUAUGCGCCUCAGCCUUAUAUUACUUCAUCGAUGAUUCGAGAUCAGAUUGAAAAAGAAUUGGAGAAGAAUGACCGUUAUUGGGAAAGAAGAAUUAAAGGUUUGCAGGAGAACCAAAACCGCAUAACUCAAGUAAUGGAAUCAGAAUUUAACAAAGCUUAUAAAGAAAUUGAAAAUAAUUUUCCAACCCUAGCACCAAAGGAUGCCACUAUACCAUGCCAGGAUUACAAGUCCAUGGUCGUUGAUUGUUUCAAGAACAAUGCCAAUCAUACAUUGAAUUGUAGUAAACUUGUCAAUGAUUUUGCAGCCUGUGUUAGCAAUUCAAGAAGCAAGAGACACAAUGAGAACCGAAGUCCAUAAUGGUUAGAAGGUGCAUUAGUCAACCAAUAGCAUGAGAAGUGAUAUGUUUAUCAUUUUAAAACUGAGGGUUGGAACUCCAUGUCAACAUAAAAUGAAGAAAGCAUAUAUUCAAAUAGGUAUCAGAAGAUGUAUGACAAGAUAAGUUUUAGUUUAUAUUUUUGUUGAUUUUUAAGUCCACUUAUUUUAAAUGAUGAAAUUUCUAAACAAGAAUAUUGUUAAUAAUUCCAAGGACUGAGCUUUGACUGUUCUUAAGUGACUAUUAGUUAUUCAGUCAUUACAAUGUAACUGAUGUAUAUAUAUAGAAAUACAUGUACAUAAUCAUUUUUGCUGCUAGGUGGUUAACAUUAAAAUAAUAAACGUAUCCAGAAAA